UUCCUAUCAAUAAUAUUUGUGAUCCAUUUACUGUAUUAUUUCAUGCAUUAAAGUCUUCUAAAGAUAUUAUUAUUAGCAUUGAUGAUUUUAUACUUAUUCUUGACUUCUGUCCAAUGCCAACAGCUGUUGAUUUUGAAAAUGCUGAUAUAUGUAGUUGGAUAUAAUUAAAAGAUGAUCAAUUUGAUUGGCUACUUCAAUCCGAUGAAACAGAAUCAUUGGGUCCUGGACCAACUUUAGAUCAUACAACAAAUUCAGCUCAGGAACAUUAUAUUUAUAUUGAAUCUUCAUUUCCUGCUUAACGAAAUGAUACAGCUCGAAUAAUUAGUGAACAAUCAUUAAAUGGAUAAGAUUGUUUUUUAUUAUGGUAUCAAAUGUAUGAUGAAGAUAUUGAUUCAUUAGUUGUAUAUACAAGUACGAAAUAAAAUCUAAAGACUCCAGUUAAUCGAAUAAGUAGUGAACAAGAAAAUCAAUGGAAAAAAUUAGAUACUGAUAUUGAAAUAACUUUACAAAAUAAGGAAUGAGUACGAAUUAUAAUUGAAGGUGUUGUUAGAACAAGUUUUCAAAGUAUUAAGAAAAAGAAAAUAUCUUUCUUAUUUAAUCAAUAAUUUUUUUCUUGACUGAUAUUGCUAUUGAUCAUAUCGUUUGGUCACCUAAUGUUACAUGUGCAGCAGCAGAAAUAAGACUUAUUAUUAUUCCAAGAAAUUAUCUUUUGUAUUAAUAUUCAAAAGGAUUUAUUAAUUUUUCUUUUUGUUUAUUUAAAAUAGCACCAAGCAUAUAUGAUUGUCAUUUUGAAUGUAAUUGUACAUGUAAAUGAACACAUGAUGAAUCAAAAUCUUGAUAAAGCUCUAUGGCAAAAAAGGCAAUCAAGUAAUUAAUUCAUUUAAAAUUAUUUGUUUAAAGUAUUUUAUUUAUUUAUUUUUAGAAUUAUCAAUGGUUAUUUAUUCUUAUGUCAUUAUGUGGUAAUAUUGAACAAACAAUUGUUCAAGCAUAUCAUUUAGUUUUGAAAGAUAUUGCUGGUAAAAAUAAUCUAAGUGAUAUCAAUGUUGAUGAUCUUGCUGUUAAUCAAGGAUCUUAA